CAGGUUACUGGUCGUUUGUUACAGUUUGUAAAAUCGAAGUAUUUCAGAGUGAAUGGUUCAAUCUGGCAACCCUUUUGGGAAAACUCAUAGCAACCUGGCAACCUUGUGCCCAGAGAAACGUGGGCUGAGCGCUCGGAGACGCACUCACACAGCCGGAGUUUCCACACAUCCGAAAGUGAUCGCGGGUCAGAAACGGGCGAGAGAGCUUGUACAGAAAAGUGUUGCGGAUUAACCGAGUUUAAAGAAUACAGGGAGACUCAGGUGGAGUCACGGAAACCAAGAACGGAAACCUCGGCGUGUCGGAGCGGUGAGCGAUGCGCUGGCACCAUGGCCAAAUGGUUCAAGGAGCACCUGGGAUUCAAGAGCGCCAAAGCCUCGCCGCCGGCGCCUCCGAGACCGGAUUACCGGCACUGCCACGCGGCCGCCGCAGCUUACCAACACGCAGGCACUGGCACCGUAGGCGCGAGCUACCCGAGCCCCGCGCAGCCGGACAUCCUCGCCGCGUACAAACUCCAGAAAGAGCUGGACUUCGAGGACCCGUACGCCGCCGGCGCCAACACUUGUUUCUCGGGCGCAGCGCUCUCGGAGGUGAAGUACGUGUCCCCGAAACACAGGCUCAUCAAAGUGGAGACGCUGGAGAGGAGCAGUGCGAGCCCGAGUGCUGGCGGAGGCGGCGGCGGCGGCGGAGGUGCCGGUGGUGGUAGUAGUGGUGGCAGCGUUAGCCAGGCAGCUGUAGGGAGCGCGAGAUCUCCAACAUCCCCAGCCGCCGAGCAUGAGACUAAGCAGGACAAGGUGAUCAUCUUGGAGGACUAUGCGGACCCUUUCGAUGCCGCGGAUCAAGCAGGCGGCACCCAGAACAUUGUGGAAAAGCCUGUGGAGAACGAUGGCUACAUGGAACCGUACGAGGCUCAGAAGAUGAUGGCCGAGAUCCGAGGGAGUCGUUGUGUAAAGGAAGGGCCGGUUCGGCAGCUUCCUCUGUAUGACACCCCGUACGAGCCUGCAGAGAACGGCGGGGAUUCUGAUCCCCUGGGUUCACGUGAGAGCAGGCUGCCUCAGGAUGAUGAGAGGCCGCCAGAGGAAUAUGAUCAACCCUGGGAGUGGAAGAAGGAACGCAUCUCAAAAGCCUUUGCAGCUCUGCUUUGUUAUGACUGCAUUAGCAGUAAAGAAGCAGGCAGAGGAUCUGCUCGGAGAAGAGUCAACACCUCCAAAUCGCUCACAGUCCAGUUCGAGGGGGUGGAGAAAGGCAGGAUGUCUCCGACGAAAGACGGGAAAUCGAGGCCUCCCCAGCGUCACUCCAGCGGCUGCUUGGUCAACAUGAAGAUGAGCUCGGUGGAGCAGUGUAUGCCGACAUUGGGCGAGCGAAUUGACCCCACCAUGCCACUGGAGAGCCAGUUCUGGUAUCAUGGCGCAAUCAGUCGAACGGACGCUGAGUCAUUGCUGAGGUUGUGUAAAGAGGCCAGUUACCUAGUGAGAAACAGCGAGACCAGCAAGAACGACUUCUCCCUCUCUCUCAAGAGCAGCCAGGGAUUCAUGCACAUGAAGCUGUCACGAACCAAAGACAACAAGUACAUCCUGGGCCAGAACAGCUGUCUGUUCGACAGCGUGCCGGAGAUCAUCCACUUCUACUCCAGCCGCAAGCUGCCGAUCAAAGGAGCCGAGCACAUGUCCCUCCUGUACCCCGUGGCCAUCCGGACACUUUAGCCUCCAGUCUUUUUUUUUAUUUGAUCGCUGAAUGAAUGGCUUGUUGCUGCUUGUUACAGGUGGAUGGAACAUCCAUCAUCCGCAUUUACAACAGCAUCUUAUAAAGUUUGAUGACUGAUAUGGUGUCUGCUAAGCCUCUGUGAAUGGCUGCUUGUACACAGUGCUACUGGAACACUCUCCAGCAAAGACUGGAAGACUUUAGUGGCUUUAAAAAAAAAGCCCUCACUUUCCCACUGAUGGUGUCAGAUCUCAAGUCUUUUUUUAAUUUACGCCGAGUUAUACAUUCAGCUCAGCGGAUUAUGGAGACCACACCGACCACACAAAGCAGACUAAUCUGUAAAAAAUGUGUUUUCCAACAGCUCUAAUGUGCACCCUCAAAUCCAUUUCUGCUGACAUUUCCUGUUCAUUUGGAUUUAAAACCCUGAGCUUUGGCCUGCACCUCCUCUUUGAUUGUUUGGUCUCAUGCAAACUAAUAAAAUCUCACGCAAACCA